AUGACGAAGGAUGUUUUCUUGGGUUGGAAUUGGUACAGCAAUCGGGCAGUGGAAGGUAGAAUUUUGUUGGUUUGGAAACAUGAUAUAGUUCAAGUUACUAUUACUCAAGAGAUGGACCAGCUAAUCAAUUGUGAAGUGAAGAUCAAGGGUGUUAAUCAAACAACUUAUCUGUCUUUUGCGUAUGUUUUUGAAUUUGAUGAUCGUAUUGGAGGUAGAUUGGUAGCUGCUUUGGAAGUAGAAGAUAGUCGUCAAUGGAGGGCUAAAGCUUUGUUGAAUGAACUAAGAUCUAGUGGUUCUAUCUUUAUUUGGUCUAACAAACAAAAAGAAGGUUCAAGAAUCUUCUCAAAGUUGAACAUAGUUUUUAUCAAUGAACUGUGGCUUGAUAUCUUUCCUGAUUCAGAGGCUCGGAUUAACUGGGAUACAAUAUCUGAUCAUUGUUAUUGUAUCAUCAAAACAGUUCAGUUUCAGUUCAACAAGAAGCAAGUUGGUGAUGUUGUCCAGAAUUAUGCAGCAGCUAAACAGAAAUAUGAGUUGGCCCAAUUCUUGUUGCACCAGUCUCCUUCUUCGAGUAUGUUACAGCAGGAAGAGAUUGAGGCGGCUACUGAGUAUAUUAGAAUGUUUAAAUUGUAUGAGAGUUUCCUGAGGCAAAAAAGCAAAAUUAAUUGGCUUAGAUUUGGUGAUGAGAACACAACUUACUUUCAUGCUAGUCUGAAACAGAGGAGAAUGAGGAAUCAUAUCACUAGUUUUAUUAAUGACGAGGGUCAGAUUGUUGAGACUUAUUCAGAGGUUAUUGCUCAUUUUUACAACCAUUUUAAAGGAAUUCUUGGUAAGAAUAGUGCUACUACUGGUCGGGUUGAUCUGAACUGUUUCCAGCAGGGGUCUGUUUUGUCUUUGGAGCAACAAUUAGAACUGAUACAGCCUUUUACUAAGAAGGAUGUUAAGAGAUCUUUAUUCAAUAUCCCCUCAAUCAAGAGUCUUGGCCCAGAUGGUUUUGGCUCAGGUUUUUAUAAAGCCCUCUGGAAAGAUAUAGGGGAAGAAAUCUCUGAGGCGAUUUUGAUGUUCUUUGAGCGUGGAGUGAUUCCUGCUGAGUUGAAUGGGACAAUCUUAUCUCUUAUUCCUAAGGUUGAUUCUCCCACUAAGGCCACUGAUUAUAGACCUAUAGCCUCCUGUAACACUCUCUAUAAAUGUAUUUCUAAGAUGAUUUGUUUCCGGUUGGCUAAGAUUCUCCCUGUGAUAAUUCAUCAAAAUCAAGGAGCUUUUAUAAAGAAUAGACAGCUUGCUCAUAAUAUUUUAAUUCUUCAAGACAUUCUCCAUGGCUAUACUAGGAAGAAUAUUUCUCCCCGAUGUGUGCUAAAAAUUGAUCUUAGUAAGGCGUAUGAUUCUAUUGAUUGGGUAUUUAUGGAGGAUAUCUUGACAACUUUUUGUUUUCCUAGAAGGUUUAUUCAAUGGAUAAUGACUUGCUUGACGGGUACUUCUUAUACUCUUAUGUUCAAUGGGAGAUUACAAGGAAUUUUUGAAGGGAGAAAAGGAUUAAGACAAGGAGACCCUAUCUCUCCUCUGCUUUUUGUGCUGGCCAUGGAGUAUCUCACUAGACUUCUAAAGCAAGCUUCUCAUCACAGAGAGUUUAGAUUUCAUCCCAUGCGUAAGCAUUUGCAGCUUGUUAAUUUGUGUUUUGCGGAUGAUUUGAUUCUGUUUUCUGAGAUCAAGAAUGAUAUUCUUAAGUCUGUUUCUCUUGGAGAGGGGAGUUUUCCUAUGAAGUAUCUCGGGGUUUCUCUGAGGCCCACGAGAUGGGUGGUGGCUGAUUGUGGUGAUAUAAUCAAGAAAAUUCAGACUAGGCUCCAUGUUUGGGUUUGCCGUCCUAAAGUUUUGGGUGGUCUGGGUUUUAAGGAGGGAUCUAAUUGGAAUAAAGUUCUUUUGGCUAAAUAUCUUUGGGCUUUGUCUUCUAAGCAAGAUGUUUUAUGGGUGAAAUGGAUUAAUGAGGUCUAUCUAAAAGGUAAAUCUUUCUGGUCUUAUCAGUUGAAACUAGAUGUUAGUUGGUAUUGGCGUAAGUUGUGCUACUUGAGAGAGACCUUUUCUGAAAUGGAUUUGGAGGUUUCGACUGUACAUGGUAAACUGAACUUGAAGUUUCUGUUUAGUAGCAUGCUUCAGAGGGAUUCAGUUGGGUUUGCUAAGGCAGUGUGGUGUAGUCUUUCAAUGCCCAGGCAUCAUUUUAUACUUUGGCAACCAGUUCUUGGCCAUUUACUGACUAGAGAUAAUCUGGUUCGGUGCCAAAUUGAUGUUAGCUCUAAGUUCUGUCCGGCUUGUGAGAGUGUUGAGGAAUCUCAUAAACACUUAUUCUUUGACUGUGUUUUUUCUCAACAGGUUUGGGAGAUACUUAAGCAUUGGUUAGGUCCUGGUAUUUGGCCGAAUCAAUGGGACAAAUGGAAGCAGUGGUUAGAAGGGAAGCCUAAAAAUAUGAUGCAUCGCAUUUAUGUAGCAUCUUUGCCAGCUGCAGUUUAUAAUAUCUGGUGUAAUAGAAAUUUUUGCUUUUUUUCUCAUUUCUCCUACACUCUUCAUUGCUUAGUUAGUAUGAUCAAGAGGUGUCUUAAAGUUAGAUUGCAGGGUCGGCUGAGUCAAAAAGAUCUGAACAGGAAUUGUUGUCUCACUGAGUUUGUUAGGAUGUUAUAA